AUGGUGGACAGAAGGAGGAAAACGUCAGCAGCACGAAAGGACAGGGAUUUCUUUGAGGGCUUGUACAACUUCAGUUCUUAUGUGGCGUACGUGGCCUUCAAACAGAAGAACCUCAAGGAGAUCCAGCAGGAAGUGGGCCGCCUGCUCCGUACGAACAUAUUCAAUUCCGCCCUGAGAGAGAAAACCAAGGCCAAGCGGAUGAUAAGAACAGAUGUUUCCCUGGAGCUGAAGAGCCCUCCACCCUACCGCAUGCUCAUGGGAAACAGGCAACCAGCCAUCAGGAGCGUCUUGGACAAGCGGUCGCCAGUGAUGAGCACGUUGCUGCCGAUGGCGAAAGAUAGCGCUCAGUAUCUUUUCCAAGACCAUUACCUCCAUCCCAGCAGAACUGCCCAAAUUGCGUGUCCUGAGGACCUGCCAGCUUUGUCCUCUAUCGUGACAGAGUCCAAGAUUGGCAUCAUCGGAUCUCCCCGCAACAAAUUCAGCCCUCACAGCCUCCUGCCUCUCCACACGGAGGAGCAAGAGGAAGAGGAGGAGGAGGAAGAGCAAGAAGACCCGUUGAUCGAGCGGGAGGUGCUCCACUCAGCCAGGCAUAGCCAAAGCAGAGCCAGUUGUUCGUGCGAAGUCGUGUCCAGGGCUACCACUGAAGGGGACUACGCUGACAGUACCCAGUAGAGCUCUGCUAGUGUGACGGCAAAGCCACGCACACAUUAAACGUUUUUUGGAUGCCA